UAGAUCUACCGCUGCAUAUGGCAGGGAUGCCCACAGUUGCUCUUUGCUGGGAAUUUACUUCGGAGGUGCAUUUGUAUCUGCAACAACUGUCAACGAGUGAUUGAUUCCUGUCUUCACUUAGAGGGGGCUCUUCUUGUUUUCAUUCUACGGGACAUUUUGUGCCUCAAAUACAAGUGGCUCAAAUUAAAGGUGAAAAGGAGGGUUGAAUCAGAGGGCUGUUUUGACAGGAGAUCGUUUGGAUGACGAGCACAGAGAGGCAAUAGGUUUCCUUUUGCAACGCGGAACUGCGCCCUUGGAAUAUUCUGUCAGUAGAACUGUUAGAGAGUAGAAAUAUUUGCUCAGUUUGUAGUCACAGUGUAAAGACGCGUUUGCCCACUGCAGGGGCUGCUGCGGCUUUCUCCCUGCUCUGUUUUUGAAAUACGAUUUCCUUUAACGGGCAGGCAUCUGACCAUUCCGGACGAGCCCUAAUUUGCGAUGCCCACACAGUGAAGCAUCGGCCGGAUCUUGUUGGUCACCCUGCACGGUAGCAUGGCUCCAGCCCGGAGGGACUGCAGCGGCUGGGAGAUGUUCCUCCCGACGGGAUGCCUACUGCUCUCUGUUUUGCUAUUUCAGCCUGCCCUGGCCAAGGUGUGCAACGACCGCACCAAACACGGACAGGACAACACCUGGUUCACCAGGGACGGGGAAAACUUGCCCAUAAUGGUUCUUAUGCCCAUGAACGAGUCGGCCUUGAUGAGCAGCAUCAGCCAGGGGAUCGAGCCCGCGGUCCAACUGGCCAUCCAGCACAUACGGGAGUCCAGGAAGUACUCAUUCUCACUCAUCACUAAAAUCUACGAUACUGAGUGUGACAACGCCAAGGGGCUGAGGGCCUUCUUCGACGCCAUAUGCUACGGUCCCAAACACCUGAUGAUCUUCGGCGGUGUCUGCCCGUCUGUGACCUCCAUCAUCGCAGAGUCCUUGGAGGGCUGGAACCUGGUGCAGCUGUCAUUUGCAGCCACAACUCCAGUACUGGCAGACAAGAAAAAGUACCCCAACUUCUUCCGCACGGUCCCGUCGGACAACGCCGUAAACCCGGCGGUGGUGAAGUUCCUCAACUACUACAACUGGAGCCGCGUGGGGACCCUCACACAGGAUGUUCAGAGGUUCUCAGAGGUGAGGAAUGACCUAACUAAUGAGCUGGAGAAAGCCGACAUUCAGAUUGCAGAUACAGAGAGUUUCUCCAACGACCCCUGUGUCAAUGUUAAAAAGCUCAAGGACAACGAUGUGAGGAUCAUAAUUGGCCAGUUUGAUGAGAACUUGGCCUCCAAAGUCUUCUGCUGUGCGUAUAACCUGAACAUGUUCGGGAGUAAAUACCAGUGGAUUAUACCCGGAUGGUACCAGGGUAACUGGUGGGAGCAGGCCAACACAACAAACUGCACCACCAAGAAGCUGCUGGCUGCCAUGGAGGGUUACAUCAGUGUGGACUUUGAGCCGCUCAGUGCUCGGCAGAUCAAGGGCAUCUCUGGCAGGACCCCUAAGGAAUAUGAGAGGGACUACAACCGGGAGCUUGUGCAGAAAGGCGUGGAGGCCAGCAAGUUUCACGGCUUUGCAUACGAUGGCAUCUGGGUCAUUGCUAAAACCUUGACUCGAGUAAUGGAACUGCUCCGAAUCAAACAGCGACAGAACACGUACCAUAAUUUCACUGUGGACGAUCGUGAAGUUGGAAAGAUGGUGCUGGAUGUCAUGAAUGAGACCAACUUUAAUGGAGUUACGGGUCAAGUCAUGUUUCGGAAUGGAGAGAGAAUGGGGACGAUAAAAUUCAACCAGUUUCAAGAGGGCCAAGAAGUGAAGGUGGGAGAAUACAAUGCGAUUGCAGAUGUGCUCGACCUCAUCAACAACUCCAUCAGAUUCCAAGGUGUGGAGCCCCCGAAGGAUCGGACAUUUGUGCGUCUGCAGCGGCGCCACAUCAACGUUCCCCUCUACAGCAUCCUGUCUACCAUUACCAUACUGGGCAUGCUGAUGGCCGGGGCCUUCCUGUUCUUCAACAUCAAGAACCGCAACCACAGACUAAUCAAGAUGUCAAGUCCUUACAUGAACAACCUGAUCAUCCUAGGAGGCAUGCUCUCAUACGCUUCCAUCUUCCUGUUUGGCUUAGACGGGGGAUUUGUCUCCGAUAAAGAGUUUGAGACCCUCUGCACUGUUCGGACAUGGAUCCUCAUUGUUGGAUACACGACUGCUUUUGGUGCCAUGUUUGCAAAGACCUGGAGGGUGCAUGCUAUCUUCAAAAAUGUGAAGAUGAAGAAAAAGAUCAUAAAGGACCAGAAGUUGUUGAUUAUCGUCGGUGGGAUGCUGCUAAUCGACUUGUGCAUCCUCAUUUGCUGGCAGAUUGUGGACCCACUUAAAAGGACGGUGGAAGAAUACAGCUUAGAGGCGGACCCCCACGGCCGAGACAUCGCCAUCCGUCCCUUCUUGGAGCACUGUGAGAACACCCACAUGACCAUUUGGCUGGGCAUCGUCUAUGCCUACAAGGGACUGCUAAUGUUGUUCGGUUGUUUCCUGGCGUGGGAGACGAGGAACGUGAGCAUCCCUGCCCUUAACGACAGUAAAUACAUCGGGAUGAGUGUGUACAACGUGGGCAUCAUGUGCAUCAUCGGUGCUGCGGUGUCCUUUCUGACCAGGGACCAGCCCAAUGUCCAGUUCUGCAUUGUGGCGCUGGUGAUCAUCUUCUGCAGCACCAUUACACUCUGUCUGGUCUUCGUUCCCAAGGUAAUCACCAUGAGAACAAACCCAGAUGCAGCCACUCAGAACCGGAGGUUAAAGUUCACCCAGAACCAAAAGAAGGAGGUCAAGACGUCCACCUCUGUCACCAGCGUCAACCAAGCCAACAUCCGACUAGAUGGCCUUCAAACCGAUAACCACCGCCUCCGCAUGAGGGAUAACAGAGGUCUGGACAAGGAAUUGGAGGAAGUGACCAUGCAGCUGCAAGACACCCCAGAGAAAACUCCCUACAUUAAACAGAACCACUACCCAGAUGCCAACAACAUCCUCAGCAUACGCAACUUUACAGACGGCAAAGAUGGAGAGAAAUCGAUUCUGAAGAACCACCUGGAGCAGAAGCCUCAGGCGCAGUGGGGCUCCAUGGAUCCUUCCAGAAUAAACAGGGGUCCCCUGGAGGAUAUCAACUCGCCCGAACACAUACAGCGUCGACUGUCCUUGCAGCUUCCCAUCCUGCACCAUGCCUACUUACCUUCCAUAGGAGGGGUUGAUGCCAGCUGCACCAGCCCCAACGGCAGCCCUGGUUCCAGCCCAAGGCACAGACACAUGCCCCCUUCCUAUCGGGUAAUGGUCUCUGGCCUGUGAGCUUCAUUCCCUCCCCCACCUGGCUCUUUGCAGAAGAGACAUAUAUGGUUCUUUUUUUUACAACAAAUAGACUGAUAUCAUCAGCGUAUGUGCGUAAUUUUGUCUCAGAACAAGGAGGACAUGGGGAGAAGAGCGAGAUGGGGUGGCCACUUUUCACUCUUUGUAACCUCUUCACCCCGGCCUCUCAUGAGAGCUGAAACCCUCAGUCGGGAAGGGGUGGGAGGGGACGGAGUUGGCCCUGGAUGACCCUUAUAAACUCCCAUGAUUCAUAACAAUGUCCUCUCGUUCAUCUGCUCCCCUUGCGUCGACACAUACACAAAUGCUCAGUCAGACAAACACAAGCAUUACACCAACACACACACACACAAGCACACACAAGCACAGACACUGGCGACACCCCAACAGCAGAGCAGCAGUGGACCAGUCCUGACCUGACGUGUAGCCUUAUUUGCUUCAGAGGGGAUUGUCUGUUUCUGUUUCUUAUCUGUCGUACGUAUGUGCUAGCGGCUACACAUGAGCUCUUCAUCUAAACUUGAGUAUUUCACUGCUUCAGUGACUGGAUUCUGGUGUGGAAACAUGGAAUUUACAAAAAACCCAACCAAGGAAUAAUCUGAUUUACACCCAGUCCCCUUUCCAAACUUGUGGAGACAUGUAAAUAUCAUCAUUUCUGACAUUGAUGUACUGUAAAGCUUUGUAUAUGCUGUGAAUGGACCAUUAAAAGGGGGUUCAAGGGGUGUGGCGUUGGCAACAAAGGCAGGAAGGAAAGCUGAAAAAACAAAGAAUCACACAAAUGUAAGGAAAGGAUAUGAUACGGUAAUAGUACAGGGUGCUUAUGGGAAGCAAAAUAAGACGCAUAAAAAAAGCCUGUGAGUCACAAAACAGGAAAAGGCACCACGGCCCACUUCUCUGAGAUGGAGUACGAUGCACAUGGCUCUUUUUUCCACUCUGCUAAAUUUGCACCACUGAUUUUCGUCAGCGAUCUCACAUCAAACUUUGCAUAGGCCUUUCAUAUUUUACAACUUGCUUAAUACGUCCUCCGAAAGCAUGUAAUAAGGACUAUGGAUGCUAACGCCUUUUAACAGGUCGCCGAGGCUGCAUAUGUUAGAAAAUAGAGCUAAGUGACGCCACAAGAGUGUUCCACAACUUGUCUUUUACGUGAUGUAUGCCAAGAAAUGCACACAUUCAGAUGUAUACUUAAAACGCAAGAGAGCACCUAAAGAAUUCAGGUGCUUUUCAGACAAGACCUUCAAAAUGGACCUGGUCAUAUUGAUCCCCCAGAGUGGUCUAUACAUACUGUAAUGAUGUCCAUGUGAUCUAGCUAACCAGCACAGUUAAGGGCAGUGGGGUUCGCGUCAACGGCAAAAAAAAAAACAAAAACAAAAAAAGGCACAAGACUCCUUCUGCAGAAGAACUAAAACUCAGCAAGUCAUGCUGGAAAGGAUGUAGGUCUACCGAUCCCUCAACUAGUUUGGAUUCAGCGGUUUGACCUGAAUUUCCAUGAGCGGUGGUAAAGACAAUGAACACAGACGGGGGUCUGGCAUCUGUAAGCCCCCGCCGGCUUUACUGUAGCUUUCAGUUUCCAAACAGUGAUGACACCACUGCUGGUCACAGUGAUAGAGCAUAAAGCACAGACACAGGGCUUUCUAUUUCACAGAUAAUACUGAGUGUCAUGAAAAUCACUUUACACUUAGCAACAGUGACCAUACCUCAGUUGCUAUGGAAAUGUACUACAGUGCUGUUGAACUCGGCCCAAAGACGGCUGCACUGAGCAAAACAGUCAUCGACACAGUGUUGUCAUGUUUUGUUUUUUGUUGUUUUUUUUUUUUUGUAAAACUGUCCUCAUGCGAGAGAAAAGCAAACAGGGACUCUGGACAGAAAAAGGACUUUUUAUUGUGGGUGUGAGAAGGUUUGUUCUCAGCAUAUGUUUCACCAUUGGUGUCUUGGUUUUUAGUUUUUAAGGCGUUGUCGAGCGCUGUGCCUGUUGUCUUAUAUUGUAGCCUACAGGACCCACAGUAUAUAAUGGGGUGACGAUGGCGCUGACCCAGCAAACUACAACAUUGGCCACACAUCUGUAAAUUGUACGUGUCAUAGAUUUAUUUUAAUUCAAUGCCUCAAUGCAUGGGACAGUGUGGGAGAACUUCUUAUCUCCACUUCAGCUGAGGUGGAUUUCCUGCGAGCAGGCGUCGGAUCAUAAAUACUGUCAAUCACUGCUCGACUGAAAGGCCAGCGGAGGACACGGAGAAGACAGAGCGGGAGACCAGCUAGCAGAGAUCCGUCUGCUAUCGGACAUAUCAGGGGUGACUCCUGCGGGACCUCCAGCCCCUUCCAGCCCCUGCCCAGCACAGGAGCAGGGAAACCCCCGAGCACAGACCUCCAAGGAGUCACGGCUUGUCCCGCACCUUUGCCAACCAGAGAAUCACAGUCACUUAAUAACAAGUGAGUGAGAGACAUUGUCUGAGGGUUGGGUCUUCCUUCAGGAGAAUAACCAACCACACAUUUUAUAUAUUACAUUAUAUGUGAUUGUGUACAAUUUGCUGAUACCCUGAUGAUGGUGUCCAUGUAUGGAAUAUUUGGUAUUUGGCUUUCUCAAGAUGGCAUGAAAUAAAAUGUAUAAUUCACAGAGUUACCUCUGUUUUUGCAACUGUCGUGACAAAUCCACUCCGUUGUUUCAUUCUCUCACCCACAAUUUGGUUUUACAUAUACUUCCUUAUAUAUAUUUUUGAAAAAAAAAAACAAAAAAAAACAAGUUCUUUUCAACCUGUUGAUCAGCUCACAUGUCAAUGCCAAGAUUCUCAGUGGACAAACCCAAAAUCAUCAUAUAAACUAUGCUACUGGCUUAAACAGUUCAACACUGAGGGCAAUAAAGUGACAGAAGUAGCAAAAUGAAUGAUCAGUCUUAAUAACCCACUCCUGGCAUUAAGCAAAUUGAAAAACCUUUUUUUUUAUCCAUCCAAAAUGCCAAAUGCAGAUCAUCAGGUGUUGUUCUGUUCAGUUUUUUUUUUUUUAAACAUGCCCUACUUUUUUCUUCUUUUUUUUUUUUUUAAACACUCAUUUAAACUUUUUCUUUCAACGUGAAUGAAAAUUUGUUGAAAUGCAAUUGUGGUAGGUCAAGGGCUCAUAAUUUCCUGUAAUAACUAACGUCAUGCUAAUGGUUUGUAUUUGCCACAGGUCUUUUUACCUUUUCUGUUUGAAGAUCAAAGUGACAUAUACGUAUAUAAUUAUAUCUUUGUAUGUGUCAUCAUCAGGGUUUCUGGAGAACACAAAACAUACAUGUCCAAAAAUAUAACAAUAUGACGUAUAUAUUAAGUGGAAGAACUCACAGGUCCAUACUGUUACUGUUUUGUCAGUUUGAUAUGUGGUAUCACAUGGAAUUAAGUUCAAUUAAGAGUUUAAAACUGAAAACAAAACCUAUGUUAAAUGCAACACGUUCAAGAGGGGCAAUAACUUGUUUUUCUUAUAACAGAGAGAAUAGAGAACUCUAUAUAUAUAUACAUAUAUAUGUAUAUGUAAAAGAUCUUUACGUACAUUUUCAUUUUUACAUAGGAAAUAUUUCACAAAUACGCCACAAGGAUAUUUGAAAGUCUUUUUUUUUUAUUUACAGUAUCUGUAACUAUGUUAUGUACAAAUGAGGUAUAGAUAUGAAAAAGUUGUAUAAAAUAAGUAUCACACUUGGAACACCUGAACAUUUUUGGAGCCAUUAGUUGUCAUGGGGGGGGGGGAUUUGAAUAACAUUCUUCUUUUAUUGUCUGAAUGUUAUGGACAGCCUUUACUUUUCACAUCAUCGUUAAAUAAAGUGAGACUGAAAAUAA